AUAACCAAACACCAACAACUAGUACGUGCAGGCAAGAUACAAGAACACAACAUUUUGUGCAAAGUUUCAGCUGAUCGACACCAGGGAUGGGCGGCGCAGGAGGAGGAGGAGACGAUGUGAAGCUGCUGGGGACGUGGGCGAGCCCGCACACCCUGCGAGUGCGACUCGCGCUCCGCCUCAAGGGCGUCAGCUACCACUACGUGGAGCAAGACCCUAACAAGGAGAACACCACCGGCGAGCUGCUCCUCCCUGGUAAGCAGCCGGUGAUGAUGAUCCACGGCGACAAGCCUGUUUGUGAGUCCUCCAACAUAUUGCAGUACAUCGACGACGUCUUCACUGGGGUCGGCCCUGACCUCCUCCCCACCGACAGCUACGAGCGUGCGGCCGCUCAAUAUUGGGCGGACUUCAUCGACGACACGCUUAUCGAGGCGAUGCACAAGGCGGCAUGGGGCAAAACGGAGAUUGAGAAGGCAGAGGGGAAGAAUCAAGGGGCCGCCGCGGUGAGGGCCCUAGAGGGAGCCCUGAGAGAGUAUUCCACGCCAUUCUUUGGGGGCAAAGCUGCCGGAUAUGUGGACGUCGUGCUCGCCAGCCUUCUUCCGUGGGUGCAAGUCACGGACGCCAUGCAGGGUAUCAAGACACUCGACCCCGCCAGGACACCGCUCCUGGCCGCAUGGACCGACCGCUUCUGCGAGCUGAAGGCGGCCCAAUCGGUUAUGCCGGACGUGACCAAGGUGGUUGACUUUGCCAUGGCCAUGUCCCUUCGCCGCUCUGGCCAACAGAAAAUGGUUGAUGGUACCAUUCUUUGGUUCAUAACGAUCCUUUCUAUAACUAUGAUAUUCUACAUGAGUUGGAUGGUACUAUAGAGCCAAGGUUUGAAACCAAAUGGAGGAAACAGCCUCUCUAAAAAUAGAUACAGAAAUAAUCCGCAAAACAAGAAUAUAUAGAGAAAUAGUACUCAUAAAUUGUAAGCCGAUGUGCAUGUGUGCAGUCGUGCACUCGUAUACUGAUAUAUGUAUGUAUAUUUUUUGUUUGUUUGUCUAUGUAUCUAAAAUGAAAAAGGUAUCUCUAUUAGUUAAAAGCGAGUGCUUCCAUAGGCCCACAAGCCAACAAUUGCAUAACUGUACCAUUAUGCACGUGCUCCUUCCGCCGACGAUAGCGGGUCGGGUUAGGUUAGCCCCAGAAGAUCCAUAUGGAUUGUACCCUUGUACUCAUUGAAAGGGUAUACGGUGUAUGUAUGUAUUGGUUUUGUUUGGGCUCACGUCGGAUGGAUCGAUUUGGGGUUGUCGUAGGUUGUCAAUUUCCAUUCUCACGUAUCGUGAUCAGCUCGUUGCAGCCACCAGCCCGGCCAUCUCCGAUCUUGUUGAAGCCAAUCCACCCCUCAGCACCGCCAUUUCCACGUACCACGGUCGAUCGUAGCAGGUGUGGCCGGUUACCUCGGCGAUCUCCUAUCCUUCCCGCAUACGGUGGAUCGUUGGCCUUCCCCUCACGACAGCGAUACGACGACAAUCGUCUGAGUCAUCCACCCUCCGUCUGCCCACGGUCGACAUACAGGUCGGUCCAUUGCAAGGCAGAGCAAGAGGUCAUGCGCCACCGAUCCCAAUUUCCCAUGGCUGCCCAGAUUGCCACCGACACCCAUAAGGUUAGCCCUCCGUGACACACUGUUAUUCCAUUCUUAUUCCAUGUACUUUCUAGGAUGUACUGUUGCAUGUGUGCUUAGGGUUUAAUUUUUGUUCAAAUUUUUAUCAAUUUUUGGGACAUUUUUUGUUGAUCUGCAUUACACAAUGAAUUUCAA